UAAGAAUGGAAGUAGUACAUGAACUUUUAAAAUUUUGCUACUAAUUCCUAAACAUAGUACAAUACACCCCUAAAUUGCUUUUUUAGCUGUGAACUUAAAGAGUAAUUAUUUUGUCCAGAUCAACCGGCCCAAUGGCCCAAGAAUACGGAAAAGCCGAGGCCUGAGUUCAGCCAAUCAGCCUUCCACGAACUGUGAACGACGAACGCCAAGAGAAGGAUUAAGGGGCCGUCUGCGUCUGCCUCACCUCUUCAGCAGUUCAGGCGUUCAGCCUUCACUCUUCAGGUCACUACUACUGCUACCAUCAAAUGGGUAACAAUAAGCAGAGACGAUUCAAGAACCAUCAUGGUCAAUCUAGACAGCCCCAUUAUCCGCUCAGUAACGAAGAGUCACUACCCGUUGAUUCAGGUGAAGAGGAGAAUAGACCACGCCCCAGUGUUCAGCUUGCUAUGUGGGAUUUUGGCCAAUGCGAUUCAAAAAAAUGCACUGGCCGCAAGCUUGCACGAUUUGGUUUGUUAAAGGAGUUGCGAGUCAACAGUGUCUUUAACGGCAUUGCUUUAAGUCCUGCUGGAACACAUUGCAUCUCAAGAGAGGAUCAUGCUUUAAUUGAACAGAAGGGGCUUGCAGUUGUGGAUUGUUCAUGGGCACGUUUGGAUGAUGUGCCUUUUGCAAAGCUACGGUGUGCCGCACCUCGUCUUUUGCCAUGGCUGGUAGCAGCAAAUCCAAUAAAUUAUGGCAAACCUUGUCAGCUUUCCUGUGUUGAGGCAUUAGCUGCUGGUUUAAUUAUCUGUGGUGAGGAGGAAAGUGCAAAUUUAUUGCUGAACAAGUUUAAAUGGGGCCAUGCUUUUUUGUCCCUCAAUAGAGAACUUUUAAAGGCGUACUCUGAUUGCAACACAAGUUCCGAUAUUAUCUCAACUCAAAAUGAAUGGCUCUCUAGGCAAAGGUCACAGGUCUCGCAAACCCUUGCGCAUGACGAUGCAAAAGAUGCAGAAUCUCAUGAAGGUGGUGAAAAUUCUUCUAACGACUCUGAUGAUGGUCUUCCACCACUUGAAAAAAAUAUGAAUCAUUUGAAUUUGGUGAAUGGUGAUGAAGAGAGUGAAUGAUGCGCUUUCCUUAGCGCAAUGAUCUAAAACGAUGCUUAUUGUCUUUUAUUAGUCAGGACAAGCCCGUGCCUCUCAUAACUGUCUUUUAUUAAUGUAUACUACUCCAUCCUUAAAUAGAUUCAACAUGUUGAAUGUUACACUAUUGACAUGUUGUACUUUGAUUGUAUUUUAUUUAUUAAUGUAUUAGAAAUUUAGUUUUUGAAAAAUAUUAUUAUAUUCCUCUCAUUUUAAAAUUUUGAAAUCUGAUUUUUUAAUAAUAAGGAAUACAAAUUGAGUCGACCGACUUAAGGGGAAUUGUUGUUUGAAUUGUUGGG